AUGGCCACGAGACCACGCCAGCGGCGAACUGCGGAGCAGCGCAAAUGCGCCGGCGCCAGGGAUCGCGUCGCGUCAUCAGUGAAAAUGGAUGGAAGCACUAGAGGGGGUGGACAUUCUGAAGCAUUAAGGAACUACAACCUGGGAAGAACUUUAGGUAUUGGCACAUUUGGAAAAGUGAAGAUUGCCGAGCAUAAGCUUACAGGACAUAGGGUUGCUAUAAAGAUCAUCAACUGCCGCCAAAUGAGAAAUAUGGAAAUGGAAGAGAAAGCAAAGAGAGAAAUCAAGAUAUUGAAGUUGUUCAUUCACCCCCAUAUCAUCCGGCUUUACGAGGUCAUAUACACACCGACAGAUAUAUAUGUUGUGAUGGAAUAUUGUAAGUACGGCGAGUUGUUUGAUUACAUUGUUGAGAAAGGCAGAUUACAGGAAGAUGAAGCUCGCCGCAUCUUCCAGCAGAUCAUAUCUGGCGUCGAAUACUGCCAUAGAAACAUGGUUGUCCACCGUGACCUAAAGCCAGAAAACUUGUUACUUGAUUCAAAGUACAAUGUAAAACUUGCUGACUUUGGUUUGAGCAAUGUCAUGCAUGAUGGCCAUUUUUUGAAGACUAGCUGUGGGAGUCCGAACUAUGCUGCUCCAGAGGUAAUAUCUGGUAAACUAUAUGCUGGACCUGAGGUCGAUGUAUGGAGUUGUGGAGUGAUCCUUUAUGCUCUUCUUUGUGGAACUCUUCCAUUUGAUGAUGAGAAUAUUCCCAACCUGUUCAAAAAAAUUAAGGGAGGUAUCUACACACUUCCAAGUCAUUUGUCUGCUUUGGCAAGGGAUUUGAUCCCACGAAUGCUUGUUGUCGAGCCUAUGAAGAGAAUCACAAUUCGGGAAAUUCGGGAGCAUCAAUGGUUCCAGACUCGCCUUCCUCGUUACUUGGCAGUGCCUCCACCGGACACGACACAGCAAGCCAAAAUGAUUGAUGAAGAUACACUUCGAGAUGUUGUUAAUAUGGGAUUUAACAAGAACCAUGUGUGUGAAUCACUGUGCAGCAGACUUCAAAAUGAGGCAACUGUUGCAUAUUAUUUACUAUUGGACAAUCGGUUUAGAGCAACUAGUGGCUAUCUUGGGGCAGAUUAUCAAGAAUCAAUGGACAGGAAUUUAAAUCAGCUGGCGUCGUCCGAAUCAUCUAGUUCUGGUACGAGGAAUUAUGUUCCAGGAAGCAGUGAUCCUCAUAGCUGUGGUUUGCGACAACAUUAUCCUGUUGAAAGAAAAUGGGCGCUUGGACUCCAGUCUCGGGCCCACCCUCGUGAAAUAAUGAUUGAGGUCUUAAAAGCACUUCAAGAAUUAAACGUCAGCUGGAAGAAGAAUGGGCACUACAACAUGAAAUGCAGAUGGCUCCCAAGGUUUCCUGAAGUCCAUGACAUGUUAGAUGCCAGCAACAGCUUUCUUGGUGACUCUACCAUCAUGGAUAAUGAUGAUGCAAAUGGGAGGCUACCUGCUGUGAUCAAGUUUGAAUUCCAGCUUUACAAGACGAAGGACGACAAGUACCUCCUCGAUAUGCAGAGAGUUACUGGACCUCAACUCCUCUUCCUUGACUUUUGUGCGGCCUUCCUUACCAAGCUUAGGGUUCUAUAG